UGAUAUUUCCUCUCCUUCGAAAACUCCUCACUCGCUCGCGCUCCGCCGAUCGCUCCCUCUCGCUUUCCGGCGGUUUUCUCGCGCUCCGACCGCUCCCCAAUCUCAUUCCCCCGGCGAGCCCCCGCCGCCGCCCCGCCCCCGCGCCGAUCUCCGUCGCCUCCCCGCGGCUCAGUGAUCUCCCCUCCCCGGCGGUACGGACUGUAAUAUCAUCAUCAAGCUCAUUGUGGAUUAAUGUCGGUUGCAAAAGUCAAAACGUCUAACGCUCUUGAUGGGAUGAAAGUGGAGGACAGAAAUGAUUCUUUAAACACAUUCAUCAGGCAAGCUAUAGGAAAAGAACCUCUUCUGUCCCUGCCAAGGUCUGGGGAUAACUCAUUUCAGUGGAUCCAUCCACUACUUCAAGCUUUAGAUCAUCAAGAUUUGCAUGGUUGGCCACUGAAGAUUCCUAUGCAGAGGUGUGAUAAGUGCCAUCGAGAAUUCUUUUCAUCCGUUAACUACAAAAGGCACAUCCGUGUGCAUCAUCGGCUAAGAAAGCUUGAUAAGGAUAGCUCCAAAAAUAGAGAUUUACUAGGACCUUUCUGGGAUAAGCUAUCUGCUGAAGAAGCAAAGGAAAUAGUAUCCCUGAAAAAUUCUACCAUGGAGGAUGUUCCUGGGACUACUGUUAUAAAAUCUUUGGCAUCACUGAUACGGAAGCCUGGAUUUCCUGUAAUGCCGCAAUUUUGCCUAAUAGCUGGUUCAUCUCUUUUGGACAUUGUCCAGGCUAGGCCUUCGAGAUUUCCUCUAUCUUCGCAAGAUCUGUUUGGCAUUCUUGAUGAUGCAAGUGAAAAAACCUUUUUAAGUGGACCGACCUUAUUGAUGCGAAGAUUCAUUUUCGAUAAGGAAGUUGGAAAGAUUGGUCUGGACCCUAAGAACUUGGUUGCAUUCACGUGUUUCAUGUUGGAACAGAAACUGGUCGAAGCGUGGCUUGCGGAUAAAGAUGAUGAAGCUUUGAGGUUCCAGAAGUUACUGGUGGAGGAAGAAGAAGCUGCUCAGAGAAGGCAAGCUGAAAUUCUGGAAAGGAAGAGACAAAAAAGGCUUAGGCAGAAGGAACAGAAAGCAAAGGAGCACAAGAAUGGGGAGGUUAAGCUGGAAAAAUAAUUUUGAUAUCGUAGAGAAUGAAGCUUCGUCAGAUGUGCCUGGAAAUUUGAGUUCAUCAGAAGUAGACAUUCGCAUUACAGAUUCACCUUCAGAUCCUGUACCGUCAUUGCUCGAAGUACCCCAGCUUCCACAUGCUGAAGAAGGGCCAGACUUUGAGAUUGAGUCAGGGCUCGGUAGUGAUUAUCCAGUCUUUAAUAAUUUGCCGAAUGUUGAACCGCAAAGGCCACUUGGAGGCAGUCAUCAACACCUACGAAUUACCAAUGCGUCGUCCCACUACAAAGGCAGUAAGGGAUUUUCGAAAGGUCUAUAAAGAAAUUUAAGGAUAUUGUGAAGAGAAAUGUCUAAGGUU